GAGAUAACGCUUGCAUGGAUCCAGAGAAAAACGGCCUGCUUGGUCAACUCCGAUGUCGAAGCGGCUUGCCCUUCUAUCGCUUUAGUACUGGAAGAGUGAUACCUUGGCGAUGGUGCGCCAAGCUUUGCCUCUUGAAAGGCUUUGACAUCUCGGGCGUUGUGGAUGCCAAAGAAUGCAGAUGCGGCGCGUCCGAGCAGAACUUUCAGGUCUGGGCCAAAGAUGUCAUGCCCAGAGAAGAUCUUCACUUUGACCCAACUUCGGCCGUGCCGCCUGACGCCUCAUCCUGUCGCAUCGUGGCGGUGCAGUACUUGGGCCCUUUGCCCGUCGAGGCUUGGCGCAGCGAUGUGACGGAGGCGGAUUUGACUUACAUCAGGAGCAUCGCUAGCAGCUCGGUGGUCAGCACCUUGGAGCGCGAGCGCGCAGCAAAGGUCCCCAUCCAGGGGGUUGUUCGACCCACGGCCCCGGCCGGAGUGGCUUUGAAUUGGACCAAGGAGGCGGAGAAGAGCUCCUGCAACCCUGGAUCCUGCGCCUCCGGCUGGCCUUGGCCCAUUUGGACGGUCUACCGAAGCGGUGUCCCUUUUGCCUACGAUGACACCGUGCUACCCUCCACAAAAGCUUCUGUGCAGCAAGCAAUGCGACGGCUGUCGCAAAUGACCUGCGUCAAAUUCACAGAAGUCUCCUUGUCUUUUGGUCUCACCUGGAAGAUUGUGUUGACCGAGAGAUAUUCGGGACCUUGCUUUGCGAGUGUCAUUGGAUAUCCUGGAGUCAGCUUCAAUGAUAGCGAGGUCAACCUUAAAACUUGUGCCCAGAAUGCGGGCGUGAUCAUGCACGAGCUGGGCCAUGCCCUGGGGAUGUCCCAUGAGCAAGCGCGCCAGGACCGGGAUGAGUACAUCCGCAUCAACUGGAUGCACGUCCCGCAGGACUACCUGGAACAGUACCACAGCAGCCCCACCUCAUACAUCGGAUCCAGAGAGAUGGGUUUUGUGCCCUACGACUACCGCUCAGUGAUGCACUACUCAGCAGACGCGGCAAUGCAGAGUUUGCCCAUAGUGAAUGGCCAGGGUGUCCACGAUGGUUCCAUGGGCCAGCGGAAUGACUUUUCGCCAUCGGAUGUUCUUCAACUUCGGGAUAUGUACCAAUGCGAUGCGCUGGAUGCGGCUUGUGUAGACCAGGACGAGGCGGUGGGAAACUUGUUCGGAACGUCGCAGGGUCGAAAGGCCAACUGCAAAUUGCUGAAGGACUCUGGUUAUUGCCAACAUCAAAGCUAUGGCGAAACCAUCAGCUACUUCUGCCCGAAGAUCUGCGAUCGAUGUCCGCAGCUCGCCCGUGAAGGGCACAAGGAGCGCGUUGAAAGGGCUGCCUGCGCCGAUGUGGACGAGACGGUCUGCCAGUUCUUGGAGGACUAUUGCCCUGGCAAAGUGAGUGGCCUGGAACAGUACAUGUCCAUGAACUGCCAGAAGCGUUGCUGCCUUCAGUCAUGCAACAACACUUGCCAAUACGUCUCGGAAGAGGAGGAGGAGGCGGUGGCAGGUCCGGUAGUGAAGGGCCCCUCAGUGGCCAUGGAUAUCACCUUCGACUGCCCGCGUUAUGAGUCGGAGCGACUCUUGCAGCAGCGGCUGCAACUGCGUUUCAGCCGCCUCUUAGGCGCCGGCGUCACAGUGACGCUGUUGAAAGCGCCCAGCUGUUUGCAGGGCUGCCAGCGUGGGGAGGCCCGCGUGGAACAGCUCUGUUGCCAGGAGUGUGUCCAAAAAUGCACCGAGCUGCGCAAGAAGUGGGUCCUUCUGACCCCCAAAGAGCUUGGUACUUUCUCAGGGGCUUUCCGUGUGCUGGUGCGGAGCAAAACGGUGGAUGUGCCCUUCGCGUGGGAAAAUCUCGUUGCUUAUUCCACCCAACACAGGUCGCUGACGUACGUCGCAGCAGUGCUUUCAGCCUUGGGCAUUUUGACUGUUGCGCUCUCCAUCGCUUUCUUCGUCUGGUGGAGACGCGUCUCGUCCAGUCCUGCAGAUGGGGAGAUUGAGACCGAGGUGGGCCUGCUCAUCGAUGACGAGGCCCCGAAAGAUACUGAACUUGGAGACGCCCAGUCGGAGCAUACUGAGCACACACACAUCUCGCAACGUGAAUUGGGAGAUUGGCUCCACCAGCACGAGGAGGCAAACGUGCAGGACUUUCUGCCCCACAGCUGGUGCUGGCGGCACAAGACAGUCCUUGUGGCCUGCGUUUGUCUGGCAGCACUUGCCAGUUCUGGCUUCAUGAUCUACGUUGAUUUGGCCGAGCCCGCGUCAAGCGGUUUGCUGGAGGACAGUGCUCCUCCGGCACCAAGCAGUUCAGCACCUGUCUUCAAAUAUAUGGGUUGUUUCACUGCUGACAUGCCGCUGGCAGCUGCGGGGCCUGUGGAUUUCUAUGACAACAGCUGUAUGAGGACGGGCAGUAGUUGUGGAGGUUUGCCCUUCUAUCGUUUGAAGACGAGUGAUGGAAGGAGCUGCGCAGAAUUCUGUCUCAGCAAGGGCCUAGACCUUUCUGGCAUUUUGGAUGGCUCAGAAUGCCGCUGCGGGGCUUCGGCCAGCCAUGCGAUUUGGAAAGCGACGCUGGCCAGACCGGACUUGCGUGCCACGAAGGUGGUCAGCUGGAGCCCCAGCUGCCGCAUCGAUGCCAUGCGACUCAGCGGGCCCAGUACGGACAUCUUUGAAGCUCUUCGUUCCAACGACCUGCAGGAAGAGGAUUUGCGGUACAUCUCUGGCAUUGUGAGGGGCUUGCUAAUCGAGCCGCCAAAGCCCGUCCCAGGUCAACCAAUUGGCUCGAUGAAGGAGAAGGUGAUCCCCUUCUUCUUUGUGGAGCCAGUUGCGCAGGAGACCAAGGACGCUUUCCGAGAGGCCUUGGAUGAAGUCGCAAGGAGCACCUGCAUUAGCUUCCAUGAGACAAACGGAACUGAGAGCAAACUCCGGGUCCAUGGCAUUGGCCAUCUAUGUGAAGCUUCCCAAGUGGGUUGGUCUCAAGGAGUCGAUCUGCACUUGGGCUGGUGUUGCACUUCCUUCCACUUGGGUGCCAUUCUUCAUGAGCUGGGGCACGCCUUGGGUUUGAUCAACGAAGAGCAGCGCAGUGACCGCAGCACUUUUGUGGAGGAGCCAUCGUCACCCAUCAGCGGCGACGGGCCGCUUUUCUACGACUUCAGUUCUGUGAUGCACGGACCAGCCACAUCUCUGCCGGUCAGCAACAAAGUGGGCGUCCAUGACCCCCAGAUAGGACAGCGCAGAGGUCUUUCGGCACUGGACGUGCUGAAACUUCAGGAGAUUUACGGUUGUGGAGCACCGCCCUAUGACAUCAAGGUGGGCAUUUGUCAGCAACUGAUGCGACACUGCAAGAGUGGGCCCUUGGAACCGUGGAUGUCGGAGAAUUGUGGAGAGACAUGCGAACCCCCGGUCCAAAGAUGGCUGGGAUUUGGCUUUGCUUUCAGCACUCCAGGAGGUUUCAAUUUGAACAAACCCAAGGAUCAAAAGAUGCUAGGUGAUGGCUUUGCUGUCGGCAUCAGUGAGGUGCUGGGCGUCUCCAACACCACGGUGCAGGUCUCACCAGGCGAGGCGAAAGUGGAGGUGGCCUGUGGCUGCCAGGGGAUUAGGGGUCGGGCCUGUCGGAGCUGUUCCACACUGGAGGCUUUGUUGCUUCGCAGCUCGCAGCAGACCUUGCAGCGCUGGCUACGCCAGGGCGGUUUCGCGCAGCUGGAAGUGUUGUCCUACAGGGUCAAUGGAGAAGGUUUGAUAUGGCUGCUACAGGAUAGCAGGGUGCAAAUCAGCUUGUGUUUCGUGGGCACCUUGUCCACGACCUUGGCCAUCGUUCAGGCCGGCUGGUAUCUGUGGUGGACACAAAAGGUGCACGUCGAUGCUGAAGUGAGCGAAGGUGAAUAGGUUGUCGGCAUGUUUCAAGCCGUCCUUGCUGCGCAAGGAAGAGCAAGAUUCGAAAAGGAAAC